UCACCCCCCCAAAAAAAACAAGCAAGUUGAGCAAGACACAAACCCAGCAUGUGCACGACCAUCCAUGUAUAAACUCAGCAGACAGGUUGGGCAAAAAUCCAUUAUAAUCCCUCCACGUUGUCACUGCGGGAGUAUCCCAGAUACAGCAAGUAAAACAAACAAACAUGUAAAACAGGUGCCACACACAGGCAUUCAUUUCUUUAAGAGCUCCUCUGCAUUGUAGUAGCCGGACAGUGCUUUAGGUUCACAUUACACACAAGAACUUGGGCUUUUUAGCCAACGUUCACCAUGAUUGAAAUUCUCAGUCAGCCAUCAAUCUGCAUUAUAGACUGGUUUCCCCUUGUCUGGUGGGGGCUAACUGAAACAGAUUGAGACAGCUCUUGCUCACUGCAUCACUAAUGGCUGCCAAUGAAAGACGUCUCUGUGCAGUUGACCCGUAUGUGGAACAGGAUCACGUCGCAGCUCAGAGCAAUAGGGAGAACACAGCUCAAUAUAGGGAGUCUCUUCAGCAUCAGUCACCAGUCAACAGCAUCCUCAUCCUAUUGACUAAAUGUUGCCCAGAAAUAGAAUCUCAUCACGGAGUUUGGACAGGCUCUAGUUCUCCUAAUGGUUUACCAUUAGCUGACUGGAACAACGCCCAAAGUAUAGAGAAAUAUAACAAUAUAUUCUAGGGUGUCUGCAUUGCAUGGCAAUAAUGGGUUCGCUAUUAUUGCCACGGCAGCUGUACGCUCAUCUGUGCUUAACAGCAGAGACCAAAGGGGGUUGAUAGAGAACAUGAUUACUUGUUCACCUCUGGUUUGAAUCCUUCUCAUUAUAUUCUGCCAGACAACCUGCCAUUAACCCGAGAAAAAGGGCACAAAAACACAAAGCUAAAAUUUGGGGGAGAUAUGCAUUUUGUCCAUUCAGCUGUGUUGAAUGGAUAAUACAGGAGUGCAGCCUGUAACAAUUUCCAUGCCAUUUUGCAGGCGGGCCAAAACAGAGUCAUUAUCUGCAGGACAUAAUUGACAGUGAACACAGGCAAUCCUGUUAAUUGAUUAUCUAGGCUUGUACUAAUGGAAAAUGCAAAGCCUCGUAUCUUCCAUAAAGCCCAUGUCAGGAACAUUUCCACACAAAGACUACCAAAGACAGACCCAAUAAUGUUUCUAGACUUCUCCCCAAGGGACCCUAACAUCUGAGGACCUCUCAGAUUGUUUUAAUCCAGUGCUUAAUUACAUAAAAGAUGAUGGUGGAUGAUUUCAUAGUGACAUAGUAUCUGGCUCACUGCGGAUCAAAAACAGAAUAAACCCCCCUGAAGGGAUCACACGCCGUUACAGAAAUAUAACUUAAUUAAGAGUACGCCCAGCUGUUUUUUUUUCUUCUUCUUUUUUCUCUCCCUCCAGGUUGAGAUGAGGAUGCAGGGGUAUGGGCCCCUCUCCCCUCUCGUCCAGGAUUCAGCCUCCAGCUCCUCCUCUGAUGCAUCGUUUGCAUCAGUACUUGGGAACACUUGUCCGCGCGCUGCUGCACCUCCCCACAGUGCAUUCACGGACUCCACUUUACCAGGUGAUGACAGACAAACGCUCAAGAGUGACAAUGAUAUGUUUUUAACACGCCUGAAGUCGGAAUUCACGUAGAAUGGAGACGCGUCUCGGUCACUGGCUUUUCAUCAUUUUCUCUGAGUGGAUUUGGCUCUUCACCCUAACUUCCAUCCUGGGCGUAACAAAAGCGGAGGUAAGGUGCAUUCCCUCGUGCCAGCUGCCGCUAAUUACAGCCUUUCCCCGGGAACUCUCGACGCUGGAUUUCGCUCAUUUUGGCGAGGAACCAGAUGAAGAAUUUGUUGGAUUUAAUGAAGUGUCACCGGACGCCAAACCCACCCCCGGCGGGGACGAGAAGCAAAACGUUGCGGAAUUGCGGAGCGAAGAAAGUUUGUCCAAAGUACAACCACUGUUAAGGGGGAAUAACACAAGUUGUCUCCAGACGGACGCGUUAAACGGACAGCAAAAACUUUGCCGCCUUUCUGGAGAUGCUUCACGCGCGGCUGCUCUUUCUCCCAGCGACGGUGACUUGACCGAAAAUAGCACCCUUGAUGGAAAAGACAACCGACUUUACGCUGAAAAUGGGGCACAGGUUGAAAAGGACACGGAUGUGGCCAGUUGGAGACGAACACGAAGUGCGAGGAGCGCAGAGACUUGGUCCAGAUUCAGACCCGAGGAGGGUGGGGAGGAUGCUUCGUUUUCGGAUCAGGAGGAGUUUCAGCUUACAAGUUCGACAUUUGCACUCGCCGGGGACACUGCUCAUAACCAGGCGAUGGUGCACUGGUCCGGACAAAACAGCAGCGUGAUCCUCAUGUUGACAAAGUUCUACGACUUCAACUCUGGCAGAGUAACAGAGAGUUCUUUAUGGAGGUCAACUGAUUAUGGGACCACAUAUGAGAAACUUAAUGAGAAAGUUGGGCCAAAAAUCAUCCUGAGCUACCUGUACGUGAGUCCGAACAACAAAAGGAAGAUCAUGUUACUUACGGACCCAGAGGUGGAGAGCAGCCUGCUCAUUAGCCUUGACGAGGGGGCGUCCUAUCAGAAACACAGCUUAGCCUUUGAUAUCCUCAGCCUGCUUUUUCACCCCGAGCAGGAGGACUGGAUCCUGGCUUACAGCCACGACCAAAAGCUCUAUGUCUCUGUUGAAUUUGGGAGGAGAUGGCAGCUUGUGCAUGACAGCGUCGUCCCCAACAGAUUCUACUGGUCCAGACUGGGUUUAGACAAAGAGCAAGGAAUGAUUCACCUGGAGAUCAGUGUCUCUGAUGGACGGUCACAGUACAUAACUUGUAAACUUCAGAACUGCUCUGAUGCAAACAAGGGCAAGCCUUUCCCUGGAUUUAUCAUCCCGAACUCCCUGGUGGUGCAGGAUGAAUACGUUUUCAUCCAGGUGCCAAUAGGUGGCCAGCCUGUCCAUUAUGUCUCCUAUAAAAGAAAUGCUUUCUAUCCGAUGAAGCUUCCCAAGUACACUCUGCCAAAGGACUUGCAGAUAAUCAGCACAGAUGAUAACCAGGUGGUGGCAGCGAUUCAAGACUGGCACCAGAACGACUCCUACAACCUGUACAUGUCUGAGUCCAGAGGGCUGUUCUUCACCCUGAUGCUGGAGAGUGUUGUGAGCAGUGGAGGACCAGAGGGCAACAUCAUGAUAGACCUCUAUGAGGUUGCUGGGAUUAAAGGGGUGUUCCUGUCAAACAAAGUUGUUGAGAACCAAGUGAAAACUUAUAUCACAUACAACAAGGGGAGAGACUGGCAUCUUCUUCAGGCCCCAACAACCGAUCUCCAGGGAAAUAAGGUCUAUUGUGAAAAGCCUUACUGUUCGUUACACCUACACCUUCAUGUGUCAGAGAAUCCUUACACCUCGGGAAACAUUGUCAGCAAGGAGUCGGCUCCUGGAAUUAUAAUAGCAUCAGGUGUGGUUGGACCUGAGCUGACCAGUACUAAUGUCAGUAUUUUCAUCACAUCUGACGCUGGAAACACCUGGAAAGAGGUUUUUCAGGAAGAGUACAGCGUGUUUUUCCUGAAUCAAGGAGGAUCUCUGGUGGCCAUUCGACACACACCUCUGCCAAUUAGACAUAUUUGGCUGAGUUUUGAUGAGGGCAGAAACUGGGACAAAUAUAGCUUCACCUCCUCUCCACUCUAUGUUGAUGGGGUGCUGGGGGAGCCUGGAGAGGACACCCUAAUAAUGACGAUAUUUGGUCAUUUCAGUCAUCGAUCCGAGUGGCAACUGGUCAAAAUUGACUUCCGAUCUAUUUUCCAACAACGAUGCACAUCUGAAGAUUAUCUGACAUGGCAGCUACACAAUGAGGGUGAAGUGUGCAUCAUGGGAAUGAAGAGAAUCUUCCAAAAACUUAAAGCAAAUGUUCGAUGUGUCAAGGCCAGAGAUCAGUAUAUUUCCCAGAUGUCAGAUUCCUGCCCGUGCACAGAGGCGGAUUUUGAGUGCGACUAUGGGUUUGAGAGGCAGAUUGAUGGGAGCUGCACUCCGGCUUUCUGGUUCGUUCCUACAGCAACAUCCAGAGACUGCAUCACCAGGGACAGCUUCCUCAACACCACCGGAUAUCGCAGGGCUUUGUCUAACAACUGCACGGAGGGAACACUGUUGAAGUACAGCCCGAGGCGACAAAGGUGUCCCAGUCAGGCCCCCAGGGGCCUCCAGCUCUUCACCAGUGAAGGAACGCUGGUAGCAACACUGGAGAAGAAUGUCACUUUCUUGGUCUUUCUGGAAGAGGGUCUCAGCUCCACGACAAGUAUAACAGUGGACUUCGGCGACGGGACUGCCAUAUCGUACGUGAACAUAAGCUCCAUAGAAGACGGGGUCAAGCAUAUCUACAGUAAAGUUGGCAUCUACCAAGUUUCUGCUACAGCGACCAACACGCUGGGCUUUGACAGGGUGAUACUGUACCUCCACGUCUCCUGUCAACUUGAACAGGUCCAGCUCUCGGCUCCUUCUGUGGUCGCCAAGAACAAAGCAGUAAACCUCACGACAGUGUUACGCCCCGGCAAUGUGGGCACAGUCAUCUAUUACUGGUGGUUUGAUAACAAAACAGAGCCUGUUGUGACGCUGGACGGAGCGAUGUCCUUCACUUUCUCCAUGGAGGGAAGUCACGUUGUCACUGUUCAGGCUUCAGUGGGAAACACUGUCCAUCAGGACCAAAUGACUGUGGCAGUAUAUGAUCAUUUCCGAUCACAUGUUUUGGCCUUUUCUUCCAACUUGGACGAGCUGAACCCCGGGGUGUCCGAGUGGAGAGAGGACAUCGGCAGAGUGGUGAGGAGUUCGAUGGUUCAGGUCACAGGAAUCAGUGAGGACCAGCUCCUUGUCACGGUGCUUCCAGGUUUACCAACCACAGCAGAGAUAUACAUUGUGCCCGAGAAGAGGUCAAGACACGGAGGCAUGGAUGAAAAAUGGGCACACCUGGAUCAGCUUUCUCAGGUUCUGCUAAGUGCUUUGAACCAAGACCUCAUCCAGUUCACACUCAAACCGGGGGUGCAGGUGAACGUGUACGCCACGCGACUGUCUCCUGCUCCUCUUGUGGACAGCAGUGACAGUGGCCACAGUGGCACUGCAGUCAUCAUGCUCGUGUCAGUUGUACUGAUGGGCCUGGCUGUCUUUGUGAUAUAUAAAUUUAAAAGGAAGAUCCCAGGCAUCAACACAUAUACAGCAGAGCAGCCUGACAAAGAACAAGAAGUCAUCCCGACAGUGACCUCCAUAGCCGUCCCAAACCCUGAGGGAGACAAGCUGACCUCACUGGAUCAUGUGGAUGUACAGCUGGACUCGAAAAGCAGAGGCUACCUGCCAUCUCACACAGACAUCAAGCUCUCUGAUGAAGCGCCCCAUGUGUUUUAAUGUUGAGAGUCUAUGACCGACUCGAAAGCAAUACAUCUUCUUUGGCAGUUACUUCCAGCAAGCUAUGAAACCACGGUCACAAUGAAUGGUCUCGAGUGUUUUGCUACCCAUGCAUGGAUGGACCAGUUCACACUGUGCUGCCUAAUCCCUCUGAGGAGACUGUACAGAUUUAUACUUGCUUCUUGAAAAGGGACACUUUUUGACUGAAAAUACUUGUAUUUUUGCAAGGACAUUGAUCUUUUUAUGUAAAUAAUGUACAUCCAUAAUGGAAGAAGUAAAAGUUAUUUGUCUCGGCUGGUUACAGCUGCGUCUGCUCAGACAUGAAAAUAUCAAACAGCUGAACAGAGGUGAUGUAUAAUAAUAAUUCCAAAUAUGCUCCAAAUUCUGUUCUUUGGGCUUGUGUUUGUGAAGUUUACUUUGUUUAAAUAUGUGGAAAUAGCUUAUCUGAGUAAGACAGUGAGGGAAGCAGAUUCAUUAAGCUCUGUACAAUCAGUAAAUCUUAUCGCCAGAUUCUCAUCAAAUGAAAGCUUGCAAUAUCCAAGAGAUGGGGGAGUGCUCCUAGUCCCAGAUCUGUUUUCCAUCAAGUCUGCCGCUCAAGAUGUUUUAUAUGUCAUAACAAAAAUAAUAACUGAAAAUUAAAGUGGAUAUUACUAGAUAGGUAUUCACAAUAGAUGAGAAACUGAGUGACCCCUCUUGUUUUGGAGACUCAAAUGAGUCAUUUCGCUAACAUCUUAAAUGUUAGAACUACUUCAAAACAGAUUGUACACAAGUCUAAUAGAAAUCAUGCAUAUGGAAUAAUAUUGGCACAGUUGAUGGUUUCACAGUCAUUGUGACUGUGAAACAAUGCAGUGACUUUUAAACUUGUGCUUCAUAUUUAUUUGUUGCCUGGAGCGUUUCUUGUACAUUCUGGUUUCUACAUGUAAAUUUCCUGAAUAAUUCCUGUGUUAUCAUUGAAGCUACAACACAGCGGCGAGCGCUUGCUGUAAUGCAGUAGAAAAAAAAGCACUACAUCUGUAUGUUAAUUGCUUAUUAGUUCAAGACUCAUAAUGUAUUUGUUUGUCUUCUACAUUUAGUUAAAAGACGAGCGGCUCCUUGACACAGUUACAAAACACUUCUCAUGUUUUUGUUGUUUUUCUUUCAACUGAUCUCACUGUGAAGGUUGUGAUGAAUUCUUACAGGAAGUACACAGAUCACUGCAAUUACACCAGGUUCGACUGGAAACACGUUCCCUUUUUAUUCUGUCUAUCUAACAUGAUGAUACCAGCAUCCACACGUGGCAUUUCCUCAGUUUACAGUGAUGCAGAGGAGCCUGCAGUCUGUUCUAGGUUUGCCCCCAAGGACUCAGCGGACAAAAGGCUGCAGAUUUGUUCAUCUCCUGCGCUGCGAGGGACACGGAGAUAGAGAAGACGUAUCUCCUGUCAACAAGACUCAGCCUACGCACAGGGCUUUGGUCAGCUGCUGUCUCUUUGGGAUAAGUACUGAAGUUCUUGUUCAUCAAACUUUUCUUUUUAAGUGUUGUCAGCAUCAUGUGUCAGUAAGACAAAUUGACUAGAGGCUCCUCCAUACUU